AUGGCUUCCGCCAAGAGCAUUCGCGCCCGUAUGCGCAUCAACAACCUCCUCAACCCCCUAUGCCCUUCUUCUUCGCGCCCUUGCUCGCCUCCUCUUUCCCCUCCUCCCUUUACCAAUGGCUCAAUGCCAAUGACUAUAUUGGCUGCGCCUCUCGACCCUCCCACAGCCAAUCGGUGUGCGGACGUUGAGGUGACGGCAUGGGGGCCGCCAUCGGAGGAUGAGGAUGAGGAUGAGGAACCUCCCUUCAUCAUCUCUACUCCAAAGUACGAACCGUCAAGAUCGCUGGCGGUGAACACCUCUCCUCCGGUGUGGGCUCAGUCCAGCCAGCCCUCUCCUCCAACACCUACUCAUACCCCAACUGGCGCCCGUCUCUGGGGAACACCAACUCCGCCUCCCUCUUCUUUGAUACUCGCGCCAUUCAGCCCACUGCUUUGCUGGAACAUGGAGAAGCCACUUUUUCUUCAAGAGACUGAUCCGAACUCAAUCAGAUACGACGAUGGAGAGGUAGUGCGAUAUGGGGCUGGGGAGUCGUACAGACCCUUCAAUAGCGGCAGUGGGACCGAGACAGAGAUCGAGACAGGGACAGAGACCUCCGACCAAGAUCACCACCUCCUGUCACAAGCGACAGUUACGUCCCAGGUAGAUCUCCGCGGCGCCGUUCUAGAAGUGCCGAUCGGUACAGGGGAGCGGAUCGAGGUCGUGACGCAGUUGGCGGUGGUGAGAGUUGGCGACGACGGGACAGCAGUCGCGGCCGGGCCAGGAGUCCAGUCAGACGGCCUUCACCUCGAAGGAGCCCCCGGCGGUCUCCACCACGCUACUCGCCUGCACCGAGACGGGACGAUAGGUUUUCGGACAGAGCACGGUCUCCACGCCGUGACUUUGACAGCAGAGACGCUAGGCACUACGGCCGGUACUAUCAUGAGUACGACGACCGGGUCUAUGACAGAUACUUACAAUGGCGACCCCCUCACAGACGAAGAUCACGGUCUCCGUUUGAUCGCGACCGCCGUGACCGACCCCGAUCUCCAUUUCGGCGCUCUCCCCCAGCUGGACCUCGCGGCGACAGAUCUUAUCGACCUCGAUCACGCUCUCCAGAUCCGCUCGCCUGUCAGAGACCGAGAGGUGGUCAUCCCCUCUGCCAUCACAUCGCGCUCAAACUCACGCUCGCGCAUCUCGUCGCCCCGCCCUGGUUCACGUGGGCUCGAUAUCCGUUCUCGACCACGUUCGCCCGUUUCACGAUCCCCAGCUGGCCUGAGCGGCGCCAAUUCCAUUCCUGUGCCUGCUCGCACGUCAACACCCAAAACCGCGGCAGAGCCCUUUCAGACGCCCCUCAAGUCGCCACAGCGUGCCAAGUCGCCACAGCGCGCCAAGUCACCGCCUCGUGGUCCAGCAGCCCUGAGGGCUCCUCCCACAGGUCCCAGUGCCACUAGAAACUUCAGCACUCCCCAUGCGACGCCUGCUGCCUUGAGAACUACUCCGGCCCCAUCGUACUCUUCGCGUGCAGAUACUUCAGAUACUCCCAGCCCAACAGUCCCACCCUCAGGUCCUCGUGGUUAUGGGCCCCCGAGAGGCAACAGCUUCAACUCUCGCGGUCGAGGAGGAUGGGGCACUCCAGCUUCUCGAGCGCCGUUCGCACCAGCGCCCGCCGCGUCACCAGCGACCCCUCCCACCGGCCCCAGCAGUGUUCCUACUGGCCCGCGCGCAUCAUUCUCAUCUAGAGACACGCCUGCACCAUCUCCUUCUAUCGCAUCCAAGCCCUUCAACCCGCCCACCGGCCCGGCUGCCCAGGGCGGCCAGCGCCAGACUCUCGCGCAGAACCUCAUUGCUUCGAUGCCGCACAUAAUUUCUGGCGGAAAGCUCGACCCUGCAUCCACACCGCUGACCACCGGCGUAACCAAGGACCUCGAGGCACACCAUCGUCGUCUCAAGGAAGAAGAGGAGCGCAUCCGCGAGGAGCUGAGGGCCAAGGACGAGAAGCUGCGCAAGAGCCUCCGCAUGUGGGAGAAGCUCGAACGCGAGUCCAAGAGCUUCGAGCUCAAGAGUGACCUGAGUGAGAGCUCCCUCAGGACGAUCGCCGGGGAGGGCGUGGGCGGUGCUGCGUUUUAG